CAAGUGCCCGAAAUACAUGGUGAUCCAUCAUGGUGAGCCAGCAUGGCGACGGGCUACGACGAGCUCAAUCGAGGUGCCGCAUUCAUGGAAUUCUGCACGCAUGCGAUGCUGCAAGUGCUGACGAGCCGCGAGCUCAUCCUCGAGAUCGUCGCGUUUCAAUCGGGGGUGUUUUACCAAGUGCGGCCUUUCCUUCAAACCCACCAACGACUCGUGGAAUCGCUGCACCCGUUGGCCAACCAUGCUAAACUUCUCAGCUCCCCAGCCUUUCCAGACAUGACCCGACUCAAACUACACAGCGAAUUGCGCCAAGCCACAACGUACGUUUCGUUGCGGCAAGCCACGCUCCUCGUUGAAGCAGUCGACCUCUUCGGCCUCACGUUCCUUGGUCGGCUGUAUCGUUGCCGACCGUGCCUCUUUGACUCAACCUUCCUCGCCCUGGCCAUCGAAGCCGGCAAGAGCAACGUUGUAGCGUUCUACCAUGACCACGUCGUCAAGCAGGUUCCAAGCAUCUUCCAUACGACAGGGGCGAUGAACGCCGCAGCAGGCCAUGGCCGCCUUGACAUCGUCCGUUUUUUGAACGACUGCCACCCCAGCAACCAUGUUGGAUGUUCAACGCUAGCGAUGGACACGGCGGCUGCAAAUGGUCACUUGGCCGUGGUCAAGUAUUUGCACGCUCAUCGAAAAGAAGGAUGCACGGUGGGCGCGAUGGAUCGCGCCGCCCAGCACGGGCUCCUUCGGAUCGUCCAGUGGCUUCAUGAGAAUCGAACCGAGGGGUGUACGACGGCGGCAAUCGACGGUGCCGCCCGAGCCGGCCACCUGGAUGUAGUGCAAUGGCUCCAUUCGCAUCGUAGCGAAGGGUGCACGGCCGCAGCCCUUGACGGAGCAGCGCAGAGCGGGCACCUUGCAGUGGUGCAAUGGCUCCACGACAAUACGUACGAGGGAUGCACCACCGACGCCAUGGACCGCGCGUGCGAAUCGGGCCACUUGAACGUGAUCCAGUUCCUGGGAGACAAUCGACGAGAAGGAUGGACGCCGUACGCCAUGGCGUCGGCCGUACGAAAUGGCCACGUCGAUGUUGUGCGAUACCUCCACGAAGUCAAGGGGGUGCCGUGUCCGCAGUUGAAUGUUCAUGCCAAGUGUAGUCGCGCCAUGACUGAGUACCUUGUACGACAGCGCACGCUGCUGACUUGUCGAAGUGCACGCAGCGGUACAAGACAAAGCGCGGCUCGAGUUCGAAUCGGGUAGCUCCUCGACGUAGUACUAUCUCUCAUACUCUAGUUUCAACGCACGCGGUGUCCAACCUGUGCUAUUCCACGGCCUCGAAAGCCACGUCGCGACGAGCUCUUGUUUGCCAUCAUUUCAAAGUUGUACAUAGCUACCCAUCAGCCGUGCCGGUGGUUUUAUGCCUGAAUUGGAGUGAUGUGUGUCAUGGAA